CCCCUCCCCCGUCCUCGCCUCUCUCCCUCUCUCCUCGCCCGCUGGGUGCUGAAGUUGGGCGGAUGGCAGCGAACCGGCUCCGAUAGAGGACUGAGCAGCCCAGCCUCGCACCCUCGGAGCCUCGGUGCGCUUCGCACACCUCCAGGCGAUUGCCAGUUGGGUUCUGAAGUAGCUGAAAUGCGAAAAAGACAGCAAUCACAAAAUGAAGGAACACCUGCUGUGUCCCAAGCUCCCGGGAACCAGAGGCCCAACAACACAUGCUGCUUCUGCUGGUGCUGCUGUUGUAGCUGCUCCUGCCUCACGGUUAGGAAUGAAGAAAGAGGGGAAAGUGCAGGAAGACCCAUCCAUACCACAAAGAUGGAGAGUAUCCAGGUCCUAGAGGAGAGCAGCCAAAGCCCCACUGCAGAUGAAGUCCUAUCCUGGUCUCAGAAUUUCGACAAAAUGAUGAAGGCCCCUGCAGGAAGAAACCUUUUCCGGGAAUUCCUCCGAACAGAGUACAGUGAAGAGAAUCUGCUUUUCUGGCUUGCCUGUGAAGAUUUAAAGAAAGAGCAGAACAAAAAAGUCAUUGAAGAAAAAGCCAGAAUGAUAUAUGAAGAUUACAUUUCUAUUCUAUCACCAAAAGAGGUCAGUCUCGAUUCUCGAGUUAGAGAGGUGAUCAAUAGAAAUCUGUUGGAUCCUAACCCUCACAUGUAUGAAGAUGCCCAACUUCAGAUAUAUACCUUAAUGCACAGAGAUUCUUUUCCAAGGUUUUUGAACUCUCAGAUUUAUAAGUCAUUUGUUGAAAGUACUGCCGGCUCUUCUUCUGAAUCGUAAUUUUCAUUUAAAAAAUCAUUUCGGAGGGCUGGGAUGGGAAACAGAAAUAAUUAAAUAACAUCAAAAAUUGAGUUCCUGGAGGACUACAGUUUUAGCAUUCCUCAGGCUACUGUGAAAAUAUUACCAUUAUGGUCUUUGUCUCCAUUUUUAUCAAGGUUAUUCAUGAUUGAGUUUGGAGAAAAUACCACAUUAAACAAAGAAUUGCCAAAUUAAGUUUGUUUUAUUCAACACUCAUGCUACUUGCAAACAAACUGUGUUUGCAGGGCUACGAACAGUCUCCUAGUGUAUCUCCAGAGACUGCAUGUGCGAAGUAAAACUGCUUCAUUUGCCACAUAGUUGUUGUACUAGUUAAUCAAAUAGCAUAACAUAUCUGCAUUGAAGAACUUUUGUGCAAUAUAGUCUUACUAAAUAAUUGCCAAAUAUUGGCUGUGGUUUGCACUUUUUUAAACAUCUGAAACAGAAAAAGACAAUUUUUAAAAUGUAACCAUAGUAUUCAACAUGCUAUAUACUGUGUUUAGUACACUAAUUUUGAAGCCAAUAUUUCUGUGUAUGAAAAAAGAGCUAUUUAUGUGUUUGUUGGAAGAUUCCGAGGAAAGUCUCCUCUGGGUGUUCACUGCCAAUACGGUGGCAUUUUCAUUACAGAAGACUUUGCUAUGUUAAAAAAAAAAAAGACAAAGAAAAGAAACAAAAGCACAAAGCAAUUUGAAGAUAUCCUAGCUCAAUGACAAAUCAGUGAUGUUUUUAAUUGUAAUAGAAAAUUAAUCUAUGUAUAUAUCAGAUGUCCCAUACUGUAAUUAAUUUAUUAAAAACUGGCUCUCCAGUUCUAAAAUGGUUGUGUAAAGUUAUGUACUUCAGCAAGAAAAAAUAAGCUUGAUAACUUAGUUUUGGCAUAUAAAGAAAAGGAUUUAAUAAAGGAAUGCCUAUAUGUAGCACUGUAAAACAUUUUGAUGAAUAGGGUCUGUCCUGUGCUUGAAAGUAAAAUCCAGUGAAAAGCUAAGUUUUUACUAUGAAAAGUUUUAUAAGAAGAUAAUUGUGAAGAAGAUAAUUCUCUACUUCAGACCUUAACUGUUUUCACAUAGUAUCUUUAAAAUGACUUAUUUUAAAAAUGUUCAAACCAAACUAUUCAUUCUCAUCCAUAAUUAAAAGGCAGUACAGUGCUCAAAUCUUUUAGCUGCCAUAUUAUUUUUAUAAUUGCACUAACUCUUUAAAAAUAAUACUUGCCUGACAUUGGCUUGUACUUCUGACAUUCAAGAAAACAAUGUCCUAUUGUGCACAAAACAAUAAUAAUAAUAAUCAUAAUCAGUGUCAUAUUUAUACCAAGGUAUAACAUUUGAAUAUUAAUAUCCCCUGAAUACUAUUUUUUUAAUCUUAAAGUAAAUGAAUAUAAUACUGAGUAAACUAAAAGUUUUAAAAAGAUUUAUAUCCAUGGAGAACACUGGCCUUAUAUUAAGGAUGAUAUUAAAAUUAUAAGUUUUCUUUUGUCAUUUUUAACUACCUCUCAUUUUUUAAUUUAUUAAACAUAUUUUUAAAAAUCAAGUUUGGGGUUUUCUUUUUAAAUUUACUUUACUUGAAAGGUUGGCAUAAUAAGUUUCUUUUUCCAUAAACUUUAAACAUUUCAAGAAUUUUUUAAGUGGCUAUGAUUUUAUAAUUUAUAUAGAAUUCAGGAGACAUGAAUAAAAGGGCUAUUAUCUAUUCCCUAUGCAAAUAUUUUAACUGUUGCAGUGUUUGACAAAAUGGGAUUUAAAAAAAUUUGCAGAAUAGAAAACAAACUUCUGUUUACACUGGCAUUGCUGACUAUCCUACCAUAUUCAGCACUUUUAAAUACAUUAUUUAUGAAAAUAUAGUUAAAAUGCAAGAUAGAAAAUAUUUAUAAUAAUCAUCUUAGCAAAUACUUGUUUUUUGAAAGUAUUAGUGUGUUGACAUUUUUAUCUAUGUCACUUCGAUAUUUACUAUUUGAAUAAUAGUUUUCAGUAAUAUGUUGAAAAAGACAGCUAUGAAGAUGUUUACAAAAUGUCAUAUUUUUCCUAAAGAGUAAAGUAAAACAUGAAAGCAUCAUCACUUCUAUUGUGAAGUUCUACUGUUGCUAAAUCAUUUUUUCUUGAUUAGAAUUGUUUAUUGUGUUACUAUGAUGUAUACACAUAUAUGGUAUAGAAUCAUUCUAUGUUUGAGGCACAACAAAUUGGUGCACAUGCCUAGAAGAUAUGUAAUAUAUUAUGACAUUCCGCAUGUAUCAAUCUUUUUAAAUGUAGACUUUAUAUUCUUGUUGUUACUAUAUAUGAUGGUGAGCUGCUAGUCGUAAGUUAUCUUUAUAAGAUACUUUGGACUAUUAGAGGAAUUGUCUGUUUGACAAUACUUUUAAUAUUUUACCAAAUGUAAAAGAUAAGGGCCCUUUUAAAGUGUCCUAAUCUCUAACCUGGGCAUUUGUACAGUACAGAUUUAGAAGGUGGUAUGUCCAUUUGAAACCUGAUUAGGAAGCUGUAUUGAGAAGAAUUCUAGAGCAGGUUACACAAUAGAUGUUGGUAAUCAUGCUAGAUGAGCAUUUCUGUGCUACAUUCAUUUUUGGGGGGGGGAUGAGAGUUUCUCAUUUAAUGUCAAAAUGUUUAAAGUUUCUAAGAGUAUGUCUGUGUGUUUGCAACUUUAUCAAUUUUUAAAAUAUGGUAUAAUUUCUGUUUUAGUCACAGAGCUGUAAUAAACAAAAAAGCCCUCAACUGGUGUCUAUGUUACCAUUCCAAGAGCACAAUAUAUGCUUUAUUAGAGUUUGAUAUUUUCCUAGUGAGUAAAUUCUUCCCUGGGGAAAAUUUAGCCCUUUAAAAGAAGCACUUUUUGUUUUAUGUUGCCAGGAUAUCUUUGUAUAGAAUCUGCUAAUGCACACAGAGGUUAAUGUGCUUUCUAUAUUACUUAAUUUCAAAUGUAUCUAUAACAGAAAGAAAAGUAGGUGAUAUAGACUAUGUAUAUAUAGAUAAGUUGGAAACCCAGAUUUCUUCAGAGAUUGAUGACACUUCUUUACUCUGGCUAGUUGUUAUUUAUUACCCAAAGUUAGUAUAGGUACUCUGACAGUUUUACGUGGCACAUAUGAAUAAGUGCAAAACACAGUUUUGGUAUUGAAGUUAUGAAAUGCAAAAGACAAGACGAUAAUGUAACCUUGUUUUUUUAAUCUUAAAAUAUGUACAAGAUGAUCAGUUUUGAUAGUUGGUCAUGGUGCAUGAGGUGUUUAUAUGUAUCUUUUAAUGUUGCCUGGUAUAAAAUGUGUAUUGUAUAUUUACCUCGUAGCUCAAUUUAGUAAAAGGAGUAUUGAAAUAGGUAAAUAAUAUUUAUUUAUUGGGAGCACAUAUACAUUUUUACUCCAUUGAGUUGAUUUAAAAUAAUACAGUAACUGAUUCUUAAUUUUGAAUUUACCCAUUUUUCUAUAUACUUUUAACUUUACUGAAAACUAGGUAAUAUUGUAAUUGUGACAAAUUACAUUUACAACAAAUACAAAAUAUUAGUUGCUUUGGUGAAGAAAUAUAAAGGCAAGGGAUUUAAAAUACAAUCAGAUGAUAAGAAAAUAAGAACCUUUUGGAAAGUCACUAAAGUUUCUUAACAAGAUAGAAAAUGCCUACACAUAAAGCCCUAUCAAACUAAAACUUUUGAGCUUGAUACAUUGGCAUAUUAUUUUGAAAUGUGGUAAAAAUAUUUCCAGAAAACUUGCUUCCUAUUUACUUUGAAAGUUUAUUAUCCCAGUCUUCAAAAUAUAUUUUGCAAACACUUAUAUUUGAGUGCUUUACUUAGUUUUUAAAUUUCUAAUACACAAUGUUCUCCUAAGAAGAGUUUUAAAUCUGUAAAAAUUUUAAUGCACUUGCUACAACUGCAAAUAUUUAUCAAUAAAACUGAUACCAAAAACUUGCUUCAGAUCUUCUCUGUAACAUUUAUAGUAUCCUUGCAACCCACUAUAGUACACAGAGUCAUAAGUUCUAUUUCCAAAAACUAGGCUUUGAUUUAUUGAUAAGUAUUUUUAAAACUAUUACUGACAGGAAUAGUACUAUCCAGACCCAAGAGAUAUCUUUCCAGAUUAAUUCAAUGGGAUAUUCUAGGCCUUAACUUUAAUGAAAACUCUAUAGAAGGCAAAGUACUACCCUAAGUGGUAACAGGUCUAUCUGGGGACUCAUUUUCAUGUUGUGACAAAAGCUCUAAAAUUAGUAGGGGAAAGGAACAGUAUUGAGCACUGAUGACAAUCAAAUGUAAAAUUUUUCUUGUUAUAUGUACAACCUGAAAUUCAUUCUUCCUUCAUUACCUCUCAUAGUAAGUCUUCUGUUGCAGAAAUUUCAGAAUUUUAAGAUUUAAUUUAUACCCAACUGCUACUAGAGCAUUCCACCUUUUAAUAAUUAAAAAUAAAUAUUUUAGAAUAUAAGCAAAUUUCUUUUCUGAAUACAUUUCCUUUUUAAAGAUCUAACUCUUAUUUGUGUAUUAAAGUGAUACCAUAUAUGGUGCUCACUAAUGGUAAAUGUAUAUCUACAGAUCCAUAUAUGUAAUAUAGUGAAAAAGUCAAGAACUUAAAAUGACAAAUUUAAUUUCAAGUUAACAUUUCUGUCUUCUGCAAUGGUGGGGAAAUCAGUUUUGCUCUCUGAGUCUAUUUUCUCAUAUACAAAUGAAGAAUAUUGAUUUACGAGAUGGCCAUGAACAUUAAAUAAAAUAAACAGGGAAAGAAUGGUGUUACAUAUAUUUCAUCACAGUUCUUCAGCUCAAUAAUGAUUACUACUUUUCAGGAAUGUCUGUGUUAAAUGCCAUUUUAAUACAUGUUUCAAAACAUACUUUAAAAAUCUGACUAGUACCAUAAUUCAUCCAAAAAAUACAACCAAGCUUAUUUUAAGAUGGAGGAGUUUAUCAGUGAUAUGGCUUUAGCCAAGAUAAUUCAUAAUCACUAUUUUAAUUUCACCAGCAUCCUACAAAAUCUAUAAUCUAAAACUGUUUCUUUCGAUCAUACACACAGAUAAACCUAAACUUACAGAUAGUGGAAAUAAAACAACAUUCCCAAGGAUAAGAAUAAUAUAAAGUUAUUUGCCAAAUAUAUAAAUAGGUGAUAGAGCUAAAACUAAUAAAAGAUUGACUCUAGAAAACAUCAUUCAUUAAAUCUGUUAUUUUAGAAUGGUUUCAGAUUGAUGGAAAAAUUGCAAUAUCAGACCAAAAGUCCUCAUCUAUUUGACAUCUGUAGGAUAUUAGUCACAAUGAGUUAGUGUUGACAGAUGAAGUCUAUACUUUAUUCAAAUUUCCUUAGUUUUCAUGCAGUCCUUUUCCUGUCCCAGGAUCCCAUUGAGGACACCACAUUAUAUUUAGUUGUCAUGUUUCCUUAGGCUUCUCUUAGCUGUAAGAAUCUAAGAGAAAGCUUAGCUGAGAAAACUGUAAGCCUUCUCAGACUUUGUUUUUGAUAACCUUGACAGUUUUGAGUACUGGUCUGGCAUUUUUCAGAGUUUCUCUAUUUUGGGAUUUCUCUGAUGUUUUUCUUAUGAUUAGACAGGGCUUUUGAUUCUUGGAAGUAAUACCACAGAGGUAAAGUACCAUUCUAGGCACAUGGUAUCAAUAGUACAUUCAUCAUCAUGUCUUCUUUUGCUGUGAGAAUUUCUCAAACUUCAGGUUCCUUUCAGGAGUUGAUACUGACCUUGAUCACCAGAUGAAGUACUUACUGCCUAUUAGGUUCCACUAAAGAGUAGUAGAUUUUUAAGAGGUUAUAUUACAGAUAAUUUUUAAGAAGUUAUAUAUUACAAGUAAAUUUAGUGGACAUCUACACUGAGCUAAAAAAAAAAAACUCAAGGAUAUUCCUCAACACUACAAUUAAGUUCAAUUAAAGGCUUAUUAGCAAAUACCAUGAAUUUAGUGAACUGGAAAGUGAAAUGAAAGAAUAAAACACCAAAACAGCGUUAGUGUGACUACUUAAUAGGGUAAAAGUGAAUUUCCCCCAAAACUACCUGUGUAAUUAAUGUAAUCAUCCACAUACUUUGAGUAUUAAAGAUCUUACUCUUACUAAUUGUCAUUAAGAGGUAAUUUAAAUUGACAAUAAUUCUGCUUAGUGCUUUUCUAUAUUUCCUCCAUUGAACAAUGUACACAAUAUUAGAAUGAGACUUGAUAUCCCCUUCCUCCCCAGAUUGAACCAAUUUGUCAUAAGUACGGUGUUUUUAUAUAUGAUUUUAAGAUAUUUGCUAAAUACUAAAAAGAAUUUUAAUGUGCUUGCUUCUAUUAAAUUUAUCAUAUGGAAUGUGAUAAUUUAUUAUUACUAUGUUCAUUAUAUUUAGUAAUCUAUAUUCAUAUUUUGGAUCCCACUGAUAUUUGUUAGUGGACUAUAAAGAAGUUUUGAGUACAUGGAUACAACUUAAGGACAUCAUGCUUGGUUAUUUUGCAAUGUCAAAAUAACUGUAGGUGCUUAUGAAUUGAAGAGAUACUCCCAAAUAUUUCCUACAAUUUAAGGUUUUUCUGGGUUUUUAUUCAUCUUUUCUUGAAUUUAUCAUUUUACAUAUGUACAAUACACAUCCGGAAAAUAUUUCAGCUAGAUAUUUCAGCAUGUAAUCGAAUUUAAGCAUGACAAUAAUGUAAGAAAAUUCAGAAGUCUCUAAGUAUAUUUGAGUUUUCAAAGUUAAUCAAACAGCUCUUUUCAUUUUAAAAUAUCGUGGAAACCUAUGGCUAUUGUAAAAUGCAUAUGCAUUACACUUUCUUAAAAUGUUUUGAAUUAAUAAAGAAUUCACCAGUGUAUCCUUAGACAAGUUACUGUUUCCUCAUUGGUGUAACACUAUAAGAAUAAAAGAUACACUUAUA